UUUUAACUAUAAAAAUUUAAAAAUGGGUGCUAAUUCUUCAUAGGGUGAGAAAUUUGUAUAAGAAUUCUAAAGACAAUGCGUGAAAGUGAGAGAGUUAAAAGACUUGCGUUUCGGAGAUGUGUAGAUCUACAAAACAUAAUAGAAUACUUACAUAAUGGUAAAGAGUAUCUGGUGCAAUAAUUCAUCAGAAUAUGAAACAUCAAUUAGUAAUAUAAAAUUGAUUACUAUUAGACAAUUGUGAAAAACGAUCUAAGAUUUAGCAUUAAAAUUUAGUCAAAUUGUUAGGAUAUCAUUCAAAUUCUUAAAAUUAAUGGUGUGGGGAUUUUUCAAAAAUUACUGUAUAUUUGGAAUUCUUUGAUUACACAUUAGAAAAGUCAAUUGAAACAAGGAGACAAACUAAUCAAUAUUUUACAGAAGCUGAAUUAUGGAAGAUGUUAUUUACUAUUGCUAAAUUGGGAAUUUAUCUUGAAGAAUAAAACAAAGUUCUUGGAGAUAUCAGACCUUGCAAUAUUUAAUUGUCAGAUGAUUUAAAAAUGGCUGUAAGUAUUAUAAUUAACUUUUUUAAGGAAUUAGGCAUAUUGAAACCAGAUCAAACAGGUUAUUAAAGAUAAAUAAACAAUUAAGAAAUAGCAUAUUUAAGUCCAGAAUAAUUAUAUUCACUUAAUAAUCCUUCAAAUAAUGCUAAAUCAGAUGUCUAUUCUUUGGGAGUCACUUUGUUGGAGUGCUCAACUUUAAUGAGUGGAAAGAAUCUUUAUAAAGCUAAUAGAAUUGAUGGCCAUCUAUUAUAGUAGUUAUUAGAAACUGUAAAGCAACUUGGAUAUUCAAAUCCUUGGUACAGAAUGGUUAGAGAGUUAUUAAAAGAAUAACCUGAUGAAAGACCUUCUUAUUAAGAUAUUUAUGUAAUUUCAAUAUUUAUAAUCAGGAUGCCCUUAAAUAAUUUGAAGUUCAAAUUUUAAAUCUCUAACCAUUUUCACUUUUGUAUUAACAGCCUCCACCACAACAACAAUCUGUUUCCCCAUACAGAGGUCAAUAUCAAUAAUAUUCACAAUCUUUGCCACAUCCUCAUCAACCAUAAUAAACUCAAAAUUAAAUUCCAAUACAAUUCCAAUAAUAAUUCCCACAAUCAUAAUCAUAACCAUAAUAAUAAUAAGUAAUUUAGCCAUCAUAAAUAAAUUCUUUACCUUAACAGCCUCCUUAUUAGUUUUAAUAAUAAGUUCUUCCUUAACAAUAACCAAUACUAGCAUCUUAAUUACCUUAAUAAUAGCAACCAAUUCCAUAACCAUAAUUCCCAUCAUAACAGUCUUAUAUGUAUUCAUAUUAAUAACAACCUUAUUUAAAUGAACUAGCAAAUGCUUAAUCAAAUUAUUUUGUAUAACAACCAGUCCAUCAUUUACCUUAAUAAAUUGAAUAAUCUCCAUAUCAUACAUUAUAGUCCCCUUAAAAUAUGACAUCAACAAUGUAUUAUCAAGAGGAAGAGCAAGAAGAUGGAUUAAAUGAAAUCGAUAGAAAAAUUCAAUAGGCAUUAAAAAUGACUAGGGAUACUGAAAUGAGAAAUAAACAAACACCGAAUUACUAUUGAC